AUGAGACACUCGACUACGAAGUUGCUCCUUGGAGCUUCUCGACCCCGUCUACCGGCUCAUCCAUCAUUGAUCCGGCCUCGAAUCUCUAAUCUCCCACUCCGCAGACAUGUUUCUACUUCUGAAGGGAGGCCUACAUUUUCGUCUCGACUGGUCGAUGUUCUCUACGGCGCCACUCUUGUUUUCGGCCUCGGCAUCAUCUACAUCUAUGUCACCGAUACUCGAGCAAGCAUUCAUCGUUAUGUGGUCAUCCCAGCUCUGAGACUGGUAUAUCGAGACCCUGAAGAGGCACACCACGCUAGCAACGGAAUUCUCAAAUCACUCUGGGACUUCGGUCUCCAUCCACGAGAACGAGGUGAUCCCGAUCAGGAGCACGAUCUUGAAGUCGAGGUUUUCGGACAACGCCUUCGGAAUCCGAUUGCCACCUCUGCGGGUAUAGACAAGCAUGCAGACAUCCCGGACGUACUGUUUGACAUUGGUCCCUCGAUUAUUGAGAUUGGAGGAACGACUCCACUUCCACAAGAGGGCAAUGCAAAGCCUCGUGUAUUCCGGUUGACAUCGCAACAAGCCAUGAUCAACAGAUACGGCCUCAAUUCGGAAGGCGCUGAUCAUGUGGCCAUGAGACUACGAAAUAGGGUGAGAAAGUUUGCGCACUCCCUCGGUCUCGGUGACGAUGAGAUCGCAGAAAAGGCUGUUCUUGAUGGCAUCGUAGGCGUCCCUCCAGGAAGCUUGAUUCCGGGAAAAUUGCUUGCUGUCAACAUUGCCAAAAAUAAAUUCACUCCGGAGGAUGAUGUUGAGGCUGUCACCAACGACUACGUUUAUUGUGUUGACAAGCUUGGACCUUAUGCUGACAUUCUAGUCGUCAACGUUUCCAGUCCUAAUACUCCUGGUCUUCGCUCACUACAACAGUCUGACAAGCUGCGAAAGAUUUUGAGUGGGGUGGUGAAUGCAGCUAGGUCUGUAGAGAGGCGGACGCGGCCUUAUGUGAUGGUGAAAGUGAGCCCAGACGAGGAUUCAGAGUCGGAAAUCGCAGGAAUCUGUGAUGCGGUCUGGGCUGCUGGUGUAGAUGGAGUCAUCGUGGGAAACACCACGAACCGUCGACCCGAACCCCUUACUCACUUGAAGAAUCUGUCUCCGCUCGAGGAACAAAACAUGCUUCAAAAGGGAGGAUUUUCUGGACCCCAUCUUUUUGAAAGAACGGUUGAUUUGGUGAAAAAAUACAGGAAACUUUUGGUUGAGAAGCCUGCAUCCGUUGAUAUAUCGCGCAAUCCGCCCACGAGAAAAGGGGCGCUGGAAGCAGAGGCGGAUCGGAUCAAGGCAGCUCUGGAAUCACGCCCUGAAGAAUCCAACCUUGACGAUUCUCCCGUCUUAGACUCGGACAAAAUCACUUCGUCCGUUGACACCGGCGUUAUAUCAGCCAGUGACAUGCUGGAACAAAGUGGUGCGGCCAAGCAACCUCUGAACAACCUUUCUGGUGAUCGCCUCUACGACCAGCUGCCGUCGGAAUCUAAAACCCCCGAGGUCGAGGAGGCAGCCCCGCUUAAUCCAGAAGAACGUCUGGCGGAAGAGAAAAAACAUCUCCAGUCAAUUCAAGAAGCCAUCGAGCGACUUCCUCCUCGGGCACAACGCGACGCCCUCGACCGCCUUGAGUCUGCUCCAGCCCACCUGGAAUCUAUCGAUCAACCCAAGGUAAUAUUUGCAACUGGUGGAAUCACCAAUGGCAAGCAAGCUCUUGAAGUACUCAACGCGGGGGCCAAUGUGGCAAUGGUUUAUACUGCCUUGGUUUACGGAGGGAUUGGCACGAUAUCGCGCAUUAAGGACGAGAUGCGAGAAGAAAUGAAACGGCAGGACCAAGAAAAGCGCUCGAAGGCUCAAAAUUAG